AUGAGUGAACACGGUCAAAAGCCUCAAUAUAAUCCAACAUUUGUGCAGUCAACAACACUUGCACCAGCCCCUGCAAUCAUGGAUGCAUUUGCUAACGAGUCCCUCAAGGCCAAGUCAUCUGAUAGCAUUGAUCAAGAUAAGAUGAAGGCGCUAGAAGCCAGAAUCAAAGUAAUUGAGGGGGUAGACUUAUAUGAUCCAGUACAGGCAGCAGAGAUGUGUCUGGUCCCAAAUGUGAUUGUCCCGAAAAAGUUUCGUGUUCCUGAGUUCAUCAAGUAUAGUGGAAUACAAUGCCCCAUGACUAAUCUCAAAUCCUAUUGCAAUAAAAUGGCAGAAGUAGUACAUGAUGAAAAACUAUUGAUGCACCUUUUUCAAGAUAGCUUAAGUGGGGCAACAUUAAGCUGGUACAUGAGAUUGGACAACACAAAGAUCCGAAGAUGGAAAGACUUGGUGGAUGCUUUUAUUAAGCAAUACAAAUACAACAUGGACAUUGCUCCCGACAGAACCAGCUUGUCCAAUCUAGAGAAAAGGGAUAAAGAAAGCAUAAGGGAAUAUGCUCAAAGAUGGCGAGAAUCAGCUGCUCAAGUCCAUCCGCCACUUUUGGAUAAAGAGAUGGCCACUUUAUUUGCCAACACACUCAAAGCACCAUAUUAUGAGCAUGUGAUGGGUAGUUCAGCCCAGCAAUUCACUGACGUUGUGGUAGUGUGUGAACGUAUAGAGCAAGGCGUCAAGAGUGGUAGAAUUUCUGCACCCACCGAGAAAAGAGGCUUCGAAAGGAAAGAAGUCAACCAUGUUGGAGAUGAUUAUAGGGGUAGGAAAACCUCAUCCCAAAACUACCAUACUCCAUCCCAAGUUGCCGACAUCAAAAAACCCAAGCCCCAAAACUUUCAAGCCAAAAGCCAAAUUGGAAAUCACCAAAGGGUCCAAGAACAACUACCUCUAUUACCGCUACCCUUGAAUGAGAUGUACCAGAAGCUAUUAAGCAUUGGGCAGGUAGCUCCCGAACCUUUGACACCUGUGCAGCCACCGUACCCUAACUGGUACAAACCAGAGCUCACUUGCAAAUAUCAUGCUGGUGUUGCUGGACAUAGCAUUCAUACUUGCAACGCCUUCAAGAGAAAGCUUUUGCAAUUAAUCAAGGUAGGGUGGAUAGCAUUGGAAGACGCUCCUAAUAUGAACACGAACCCUCUACCUAAUCAUGCUUGA